AUGACGAAUGCCGGCUGGGCAAAAAUCGUCAAGCAGUUCAAGGAGGAUCACAAGAUAUACAGUUCCCGUACAAGAAACGCAAUCAUAAGUGAUGCUUUUGCUGCUGCCGCCAUCAAUCGUGUCAACUACACUACAGUGUUUGAUCUCCUUCAGUACUUGGACCGAGAGAAGGAUUAUAUUCCUUGGAAUGCAGCACUCAAAGGAUUUCAUCAAGUAGGACUCUACUUCCUUGAGGACGACGAUGCGGUGGUGUACAAGCGUUAUUUGCGAAAAGUUCUGAAACCCGUAUAUGAGGAACGCUUUUUCGAGAAUGUAAAGGAACACCACAAAGACGACAAGUUCUUCCUUGAAAGAGUAGCAUUCCGAGUUACUCCAGAAGGGAUCGUCAAUAAUUGA